AUGGAUGUGCCCGUCGGCCAGCCCGGAUACCCGCACCCGCACCCGCAGCAGCACCAGGGCAUCCAGCUCGGCGGACAACCGCACCAGGACCACAACGGCACGCUCCAGUUCGAGGAGGACCUGAAGGACAUCCCGCAGGCUCUCGCAAACUACGGCGGGGCUGCGCCUGCCGCCCCUCCCGCCGCCCAGCCAGGCCAGAUGCCGCACUUCCCUUCCGUCCUGCAACAGCCCCCACCGGCCGUCCAAGGCGGACCGGUCGCAGGCAUCCCCGUCAACCCCGCGCCGCAGAACAUGCAGGCUCCCUUGACGCCCCAGUACGGGCCCGACGGGAACCCUCUCCCGCCCAAGCGGCCGCGUGGGCGGCCCAGGAAGGUUCCCGGCACGGAGAGCAGGGGUCCUGCGACGCCUGCGAGCGGGGCGGAUUCGCCCAGUGGGAGGGGCAGGCCCAAAGCGAGGGGGCGCGGGAGGGGAAGGGGCCGCGGAGGACGGGGAGGAGGACGCGGUGGCAAGCGCAUGAGGGCGAGCAGCGACGAGGACGACUUUACCGGCGACACGACCGAGAGCGAUGCCGACGGCGACGAGGACGAGCAGAAGAGCGUCGACUUGAACGAGGAGGUCGACGACGAUUUCGGCACAGGGAAGAUGGCGCCGACGACCAAAUUCGGCCGCAAGGUGUCGAAGCCCAAGACCUUCGUCCCGACCAACAAGCCCACGAUCCAACGAAAGAAGCGCGCGCCGAUGGUCAACCUCGACGCGAACCUCAUGUGCCAGGUCUGCAACCAGGGCCACUCGCCUCCCGAGAACCGCCUCGUCAUCUGCGAAGCCUGCAACCGCGGCUGGCACCAACUCUGCUCCGUCCCGACUAUCGAGCACUCAGUCGUCGACUCUACCCUGCCCUGGUUCUGCAACUCGUGCGACGCGAAAGUCUCUGCGACGAAAACGCCUAUUGACGUCUCGGUUGGGGAGGGAUGGACGACGGGACGGGGAGAGGAGAAGGGUGAGGGACGUGAGGCGGAGAGGGAGAAUGAGUAUGACGAGGCGAUCAAGAAGGAGUGGUUGGAGACGAUGCCGCUGCAUCAGCUCGUUGGCUACGUCUUGAGCGUCGAGAAGAAGUUCGCCCCUCUCGUCGACGCCUCGUCCACCUCACUCCCCAUCUGGCCCGCCAAUCUCCCCGCCACCGUCGCCGAAGCCAAACUGCAGCUCCUCCGCGAAGCCGCAGAGCGCGAGGCAGCUCUCGAGCGCCAAGCCGAAGAACUCGCUGCGGCUCAGGGGUUGAUCCCGAUGCAGACGCCCUCGGCAGCGGGGAGCGAAGCCGGCACGCCUCUGACGUUCGAUGGAGCGCUGCCUGGCGACACGCCUGCUCGUACGGCGGCGAGUCGGCGCGCUGAAGCUGAGGCUGGACCGUCGACGCCUGGCGCUGCGUCCACUUCGUUCGCUGGCGCUGGAGCGUCGACGUCGCAAGGCUUGCACGGCAUGGGCGCCCAACAGCCGCAGGCUUCCUUCGCCCCUCCUCAGCCUCACCAGCCUGCCUCCUCCGUCCCGCUCUACCUCCGUCAGCCCUUCAACGCCCAGCCCGCUCUCUCCGGCACCGGCGGCGCAUCAGGCAGCUCCGUCUCGCCCUCUGGCUCUCCGCAGCCUCCAUUCGACAUCCCCGUCAGCGCGUCCACCUCCUCCGCCGCAGCUCAAGCAAACCGCUACGCACCCUACGCACCAGCCGGCUCGGCCUCUCCCGUUCCCGUGCAGCAACAGCACGCAGGGUUCUAUGGCGCUGGAGGCGGGUUUGGAGGAGCGUCGAAUGGAGGGUAUGGUAGCGCGAAUGCGUUUGCGCAGGGUAGUGGUGCGCCCGGUGGGUACGAGGCGAUGGCGAGGAGUGCCAGUGGAGGGGGUGCGCCGCAGUGA